AUGGUCUCUGUCAUGGCCACGACGGACGUUAGCACGUCCACUACAACUGCUUUGGCCGUUCGGCAGCAGUGUGGCGAAGGCGGUAUGAUUUUGCAAGGUAUUGAGCAUGCGAUUACCGCGCUUCUUCCUAUGCUACAGCCCCUUCUCAUGGCGGCCGGCAUUGGUGAAAUUCUGCCGUUCGUGCAAAUUGCCUUGCAAGUGAUAGAGGCCUUGCACCUGUUUUGCUAG